AUUCUUCUCCGUCUACUAUGCUCUCUCCCUUGUGUCUGGUCUCGCGAAAACUGCGUAUUAGUACCUCCUUGGUUCCGCCGCUUGCCUCGGUCGACUGAUAGGCGUGUCGUGAUUCUGUCUCGGUUUCGCGUUGUUAAAACCGCUCUUACUCAGCGUGGAAACGUCUUUUGACCCCAUAACAUUCGCUGAAAUUCAUGCUGGCACUGUCUUCAGAUUGCAGAUGGUUCAAGUGGAGCCCCCGUCCGCGGCCUUCAGCAGCUUCCAUACGCCCAGACCAAACAGACUGGGGGUUCCGGCGCUUCUUACACUUUUUGCUCUGCAUAAAAAACACAUCAACAAGUUACUCCUCCCAUGUGCAGCUGACCUUUGUGCAUUCGCGUCCUUUCAGCAGGCGAACUUGUGAUUACCCGCCGUGUUUAUCUAGUUUGUCGAGCAAUGGCAAAGAACCGAAGUGCGCGACAUGGCACUGGACCUGGGGUGUUUGUACAGCAGACACGCGCGUCGGAGAGCUGUUUUGAGGACUCUUCACCCAGGACCAAAAGUUUGUCAGAAGAGCGACGAGAUCCCGAGUUCAGCGACGGCGUUUCUCGGGAAGCGGAAGAGGGUAAGGAAACCUCUCUUGUUUCUGCGAAAAAAAGUGGUUCGGCUGGAUCUCUCACGUGCAUUGUUCGAGACCUCGCGAGAGCAUACCUGCAACGAUACCCGCCCCGCAUCCUCAUGAUGGAUGCAUUCUGUGCGUGUCUACUCUUAAUGGCGGGCCUGCUCGUCCUGUACGCGGUCCUCACUCGAUCUACGUUCCCCUUCAACGCCUUCCUCUCUGCGUUCAUCUCGUGCGUCGGCACGGCUGUCCUCACGGUCUGCUUCAGAAUCCAGAUUACCAACAAAUCCAUAUUCAAGCUCACGGAGGAGAGAGCACUCGCGGAUUUCCUCCUUUGCAGCCUUCUUUUGCAAGUUGCCGUUUUCACUUUUAUCGGUUGAGAAAGAAGCAGAGCUGUGAAAGCAUCCGCGUGUACGGCGGCGACCGAUAUUCUUUGCAACACCUCGUGUGGCCUUUUAGAUACUUGCUGGCUUUGUUCCAGGUGAUGCGUAUGUGCAUGUGAAUGUGUGUGCAUGCAGGCACAGAAUAUGCAUCUGUGCCUAUCUGUAUCAAUCUCUGGAUCUACGUCCGUCUGUCUAUCCCUCUAUGCACUAUUCUCUAUCUGUUUACCUAUCGCUUAUGUGCACAUGAACGCCUCGCUGUCCUCGAUUCUGCAAACAAAUCUCUCUGUCUAUCCGUAUGUAGUCGUUUGCCGACCUAUUUAGGCAAAGGCACAUACAUAUACUCUAGCGGUACACGAGCAGUGGGAGUUGACCGUGUGGGGAACUUGCUGACAAAAACGGAAAUGCAAAGAAUGCGCAUUCAAGCGGCGAUUUGAAGGGAGUCACGGGAUCUGUCGCGUGCGAUCGAGAGACCCAGUUGGUGCCUACGAGUUGUAGUUCUCUGUCAUUUCGUGAACGCGUGUCUUGAAUCGAGGGUGACAUACAUAGCGCAGCCAAACAGUGGCGUUCUUGGUAAACGGAAGACACCGGUUUUUCGCCUUCACGAGCAGAACCUGCCGAACAGACGCGAUUCUUUGGUUUUUCAAGGCAUUCCGAUUUGACGCGGUCCCCCAAUCGCUACGACGAUUAAGGAACUCCGGAACCACGUGUUUAGGAUAUCAACAGGACGGGAGUUAUGGUCUGCAUUUCGCUUUUCACGUACACACACAUCUAUAUGGGGGCAUACAGAAUCGAAGGUAG